GCACAUGGCUUCAUGUGCUAAUGCUACCCCAAAUUCCCUUUUCACUUCUAUACACAACACAUUCAAUUCACAAUCAAACCAAAACGAACCCAUUUCAAUUUGGUUAAAAAUCUAAUUUUUUUUAAUCAAAGCCUCUCCCUUUACACUAUUAAAAAACACCCAUCUAAAAACUAACCUCACUUGUAUAAAAAAAACCUAAAUCAUCAGCACCACCCAUCACUUUCUUUUCUUGACUUCUUUGAUCAUUGGGUUCACUGUGACUGACAUUUUGAAUUCUUUGCAAUCUUAUGUGUAUGCUGAGAUUUGAAAUCUUGAAUCUUGGGCGGUGAAUUGUGGAGAGUGGAUCCAAUAAAAGAUGCGGAGGCGGGCUGCCGACAGGCGCCCGGUUAGACGGAGACUGUCACAGUGGAUCUGGGCUCUUCUUGGAGUUUUCUUGAUUGCUGCUCUUCUUUUAUUUGUUUUUCACCACCAUCAUGACGAUGAUCAACUUAACCACCCUUUACUGGAGAACCAUGCAAAACCCGAGCUAGUUAACCGUGAAGGUUUGAAUUUCACCAAGGAACUAUUAAGUGCUACAUCAUUUUCAAGACAGUUGGCCGAGCAAACGAUACUUGCAAAGGCUUAUGUCAUCAUUGCAAAGGAGCAUAAUAACCUUCAUCUGGCUUGGGAGCUGAGCAAACAGAUUAGAAACUGCCAACUUUUGCUUUCAAAAGCUGCCAAGAGAGGAGAGCCCAUAACACUGGAAGAAGCAGAGCCAGUAAUCAGUAUCGUAUCGUCUCUAAUUUUCAAGGCACAAGAUGCUCACUACGAUGUGGCAACAACCAUGAUGACAAUGAAAUCUCAUAUACAAGCCCUUGAAGAACGUGCAACUGCAGCAACAGUUCAGAGUGCGAUAUUUGGGCAAUUGGCGGCUGAAGCUUUACCCAGAAGCCUCCAUUGCCUGAAAAUAAAGCUCACAACAGAUUGGCUUAAGAAGCUGUCGCUUCAAAACCUAGCAGAGCAGAAGAGAAACUCUCCAAGAGUUGUGGAUAACAAUCUCUAUCACUUCUGUAUAUUUUCGGACAACGUUUUGGCUACAUCUGUAGUUGUCAACUCCACAGUUUCCAAUGCGGACCAUCCAACACAGCUAGUUUUUCACAUAGUCACAAAUGGAGUCAGCUAUGGAGCUAUGCAGGCUUGGUUCCUCGGUACUGAAUUCAGAGGGGCCACCGUAGAAGUGCAGAAUGUAGAAGAGUUCUCUUGGUUGAAUGCUUCUUAUGCUCCUGUUGUCAAACAGCUUCUUGCCGAAGAUUUAAGGAGCUAUUACUUCUCAGGCUAUCAAGAUACGAGAAUUGAGCCAAAACUGCGGAAUCCUAAGUACCUGUCUUUGCUGAAUCAUCUUCGGUUUUACAUCCCCGAGAUCUAUCCACAACUUGAAAAGAUAGUUUUUCUCGAUGAUGAUGUUGUAGUUCAAAAGGAUCUUACACAACUGUUUUCAUUGGAUUUGCAUGGAAAUGUCAAUGGAGCCGUUGAAACUUGUCUUGAAGCUUUUCAUCGUUACCACAAGUUUCUCAACUUCUCGAACCCAAUUGUCAGCUCAAAGUUCGACCCACAGGCAUGCGGAUGGGCAUUAGGUAUGAACGUUUUCAAUCUGAUUGCAUGGAGGAAGGCAAAUGUGACUGCACAGUAUCAUUUCUGGCAGGAGCAGAAUGCGGAUAAAACAUUGUGGAAAUUGGGAACACUUCCUCCAGCCCUUCUAGCAUUUUAUGGUCUAACGGAGCCACUUGAUCGAAGAUGGCAUGUCUUAGGCCUAGGAUUUGAUCCGAACAUUGAUAACCGUCUGAUUGAGAGUGCUGCUGUUGUUCACUUCAACGGGAACAUGAAGCCAUGGCUGAAAUUGGCUAUCGCCAGGUACAAACCUCUAUGGGAAAGGUACAUAAAUCAAAGUCACCCUUAUUACCAAGAUUGCAUCACAAGUUGAAACAUGCUGCUAUUUCUUGUUCAUCAAGCAAUCUUCUACAUUUUUACGCCGGUAACCAAUUAUCACAUGAUUGUAGAGUCAGAAGUAGAAAAUUUUGACUUCAAUAGGAGUUUUCUUUUCUUUAGUUUUCAAACUUUUACUUAAUAGUUUCUUAAAAGGAAACAAAAACAAGGGUCUAUACAGUAGAGAAUUCAAAUUAAAUAGGUGAAGAGGUGUGGAGAAUUCAUUUUUGGCUGUAGAAUUAUUUGUUUUUUAGCAAUUCUUGUAAUAAUUUUUCAGCUAUUUUGGAUUGUAAUGUAAAAUUGGAUGCAGACUUUUUUUCUUCCUAUGGGGUUCUCUUAGGAACAUAAAUUAUAUAUUUAUUCUUGAAAUUUACAUAAA